AUGAAUGACAUGAACCUGAGUCCAGUGGGCAUGGAUCAGCUGAGUGUGCCUUCAGUGAGUGCGAGCCAUUUGGGUCUGGCUACAUCACCCCCACAUAACACCAUUCCCACCCCAGGCAUGCCAGUGGCCAUCCCUAGCCUGGGUCCUUCUUUGGGCUCCCUUCCCUCCGCGCUGUCACUUAUGCUGCCAAUGGGCCCAUUGGGGGAUAGAGGAGUCAUGUGCGGUCUACCGGAUAGGAAUUAUUCCCUGCCACCCCCUCCGUACCCCCACCUGGAGAGCAGCUACUUCCGACAUAUAUUACCAGGUAUUUUAUCCUAUUUGGCAGACCGUCCGCCACCUCAGUAUAUCCAUCCCAGCAGCCUCAACAUGGACGGGACCCUCACGGUGCCCAGUAAUAACCCUUCGGGUCUGGAUCCGUACAGCGGUGCGGGCGGUCCGCUUGAGCAGAGCUUGGUGCCAAUGGACUCGAGACAAGUCAGCGGGCAGGGAGACCUCCAUGCGACCGCUAGCCAUGAUUUGGAGUCUGCUGGCUUAACCAUGGAGUCCCGCGACAGUAGCCCCAUGUCCCCGGACAGGAUGGGAGAGGAGCUGGCCUCCAUGGACGGAGUCGGGGUGGUCCCGGUGUCCGACGGCGGCGGGGUGGACACCUCGGGGGGGGUCAUGCCUCUGCACGGACCCCCCGUGCUUGAACUCGGGGACCAGCUCCACCAGAACGGGGAGCUGAAUUCCGCUGUGGUUAGCGUGGUGCUAACAGGCUCCAUGAGCCAGGCUCAGCUGGGGCCCGUGUCCCUCCAUGCUCACUCCGGGAUGGGGUUGGACUCGGUCAACGUCUCCCCAAUUACCGCUGAGGUAUCGCUAGGCCCGGAAAACAACCUGGUGUUGGUCAACUCCAGCUUGCAACUGGAUAAUUCAAGCCCCGACAAGGAGAGCAUGGUUAACGCUUACACUAUUUGGUGCACUCUGUGCGAGCGCUCGUAUACCUCGGACUGCCCCGAGCACGGCCCGGUCACGUUCGUCCCGGACGCGCCCAUCCAAAGCCGGGCUCGCCUUUCCAUCCCGCGGCCGCUUUGCCUUCGCAUAUCCGUGGCGGACGAGCCGCUGGGUGUUUUUGCCCGUGACAUCAUCCCAGCGCGGACUUGCUUCGGGCCAAUGGUCGGCCAGCACUGCAGCAACGUGGAUCUUUCUGAUUGGCCGGAGAAGGACACGCCCCAAAUUUGGAAGAUGUACCACAACAACGUGCUGGAGUUUUACAUCGUCACGACUGAUGAGAACGAAUGCAACUGGAUGAUGUUUGUACGCAAGGCAAGGAGCCACGAAGAGCAGAAUUUGGUGGCGUACUCUGCCAAUGGGAAGCUUUUCUUCUGCACCACUAUGGAGAUCCACCCAGAUGAGGAGCUGCGCUUUGACUACAGCCGGGACUACUGCAGACUCAUGGGUGUUCCUCCGUUACCUGAAGCUCAACUAUGCCAAUGUGGUAAAGACUGCUCCUCUUUUUCGGACCUCAAGUCGCACAUGAGCAACCACGAGCACAGCCCGCCACAGCGUGACCAAGCGCUCCUGCGAGAGCAGCAGCAAGAAGCGCAAACCGAUGAGAAGCUCCCCAACGGGACCUCCAGCUCGUCGUCCUCCCCGUGGCCGCAACCCAACGGCGAAAACCUCAACCCCAAUCGGAAUUCCAGCUCCGGUACGUCCAGAAGCAACUCGAAAGGCAACCCGCGGGAGAAGAAGUUCAAGUGCAGCAUGUGCUCGCGGGCGUUUAUCACGUCCACCAAACUCAACGUGCAUUUCAUGGGGCACGUCGGGAUGAAACCGCACAAGUGCGAAUACUGCAGUAAGGCUUUUAGCGAUCCGAGCAAUCUCAGGAUGCACUUGAAAAUUCACACAGGUCAGAAGAACUACCGGUGCACCGUUUGCGAGAAGUCCUUCACGCAGAAAUCCCACGUGGCCUCGCACAUGCUAAUACAUACCGGCGCCGAGAAACUCAAGUGCGAUCUGUGCGAGCGGACCUUCAUCCGAAAGCACGACCUCAACCAGCACAUGUUCUCGCACACGCAUGAGCGGCGAAUUCAGUGCCCCAAGUGCAACAAGCACUUUUUGAAGACCAACCACCUGAAGAAGCACAUGAACUCUCACGAGGGCCGCCGGGACUUUGUGUGCGAAAAGUGUCACAAGGCCUUCCUCACCAAGUACCACCUCACGCGUCACCUCAAGAUAUGCAAGGGCCCCAAAGCCGAGCGCUCGUCCCGGAAGGAGCGACGCGUGGAUGAGGAGGAGGACGACGACGAAGAGGAAGACGAAGCUGAGGACAACGCGGGGAGAGGAAGAAAGACACUCAUAGACUCAGGCAGGAGUGAAGACGUUGGAGAAUAUAACUCUGAAAAAUCCCUCUCGCCCCCUCAUUGA